AUGGCGCUGCUCGCGAUACCUUCGUGGCGCUGGGCAGCCGCGGCGGCUGCUUUCGAAAAGCAGCGGCACAGUGCAAUUCUGAUGAGGCCAGUCGUUUCGGUCUGUGGCCCGGGGGCUCAGUGGAUGUCACGUCAGCUCCGAGUGUUCGGAACCGCUCGAGUAUCCCAGCUCCCAGAGACAUUAAGAUAUGCCACAUGGCAGAGAAUAGGGAAUGGCAAUUCAAGACAGCUAUUAGAUGCUGCAAGGGUUCUUCAGGCAUGGCCACUGAUAGAGAAGAGGACAUGUUGGCAUGGUCAUGCUGGAGGUGGACUCCACACAGAUCCAAAAGAAGGGUUAAAAGAUGUUGAUACUCGGAAAAUCAUAAAAGCAAUGCUUUCUUACGUAUGGCCCAAAGACAGGCCAGAUCUGCGUGCUAGAGUUGCCAUUUCCCUGGGAUUUUUGGGUAGUGCAAAGGCCUUGAAUAUUGUGGUUCCUUUCAUGUUUAAAUAUGCUGUAGACAGCCUCAACCAGAUGUCGGGAAAUAUGCUGGAUCUGAGUGAUGCACCAAAUACAGUUGCAACCAUGGCAACAGCAGUCCUGAUUGGCUAUGGUGUAUCAAGAGCUGGAGCUUCCUUUUUUAAUGAAGUUCGAAAUGCAGUAUUUGGCAAGGUAGCCCAAAAUUCAAUUCGAAGAAUAGCCAGAAAUGUGUUUCUUCAUCUUCACAAUCUGGAUCUGGCUUUCCACCUGAGCAGACAGACCGGAGCUUUAUCGAAGGCUAUUGACAGAGGGACAAGGGGUAUCAGUUUUGUCCUUAGUGCUUUAGUAUUUAAUCUUCUUCCCAUCAUGUUUGAAGUGACUCUUGUCAGUGGUGUUUUGUACUACAAAUGUGGUGCCCAGUUUGCAUUGGUGACUCUUGGGACACUUGGGGCAUAUACUGCAUUUACAGUUGCAGUUACACGGUGGAGAACAAGGUUUAGAAUAGAAAUGAACAAAGCAGAUAAUGAUGCAGGUAAUGCAGCCAUAGAUUCACUGCUGAAUUAUGAAACUGUGAAGUAUUUUAACAAUGAAAACUAUGAAGCACAAAGAUAUGAUGGAUUUUUGAAGACAUAUGAGGCUGCUUCACUGAAAAGUACCUCUACUCUGGCCAUGCUGAACUUUGGUCAAAGUGCCAUUUUCAGUGUUGGUUUAACUGCUAUAAUGGUACUUGCCAGUCAGGGAAUUGUGGCAGGUACACUUACUGUUGGAGAUCUAGUAAUGGUGAAUGGACUGCUUUUUCAGCUUUCAUUACCUCUUAAUUUUCUGGGAACUGUAUAUAGAGAAACAAGACAAGCGCUCAUUGAUAUGAACACUUUGUUUACUCUACUCAAGGUGGACACUCGAAUUAAAGACAAAAUGAUGGCAUGUCCCCUUCAGAUCACACCACAGACAGCUACAGUUGCAUUUGAUAAUGUGCAUUUUGAAUACAUUGAGGGACAGAAAGUCCUUAAUGGAAUAUCUUUUGAAGUCCCUGCAGGAAAGAAAGUGGCCAUUGUAGGAGGUAGUGGAUCAGGAAAAAGCACAAUAGUGAGGCUUUUAUUUCGCUUCUAUGAGCCUCAUAAAGGGAAUAUUUACCUUGCUGGUCAAAAUAUACAAGAUGUGAGCCUUGAAAGCCUUCGGAGAGCAGUGGGAGUGGUACCUCAGGAUGCUGUCCUUUUCCAUAAUACCAUUUACUACAACCUCUUGUAUGGAAAUAUCUCUGCUUCGGCUGAGGAAGUGUAUGCAGUGGCAAAAUUAGCUGGACUCCAUGAUGCAAUUCUUCGAAUGCCACAUGGGUAUGACACCCAAGUAGGGGAGCGAGGACUUAAGCUUUCAGGAGGGGAGAAGCAAAGAGUAGCAAUUGCAAGAGCUAUUUUGAAGGAUCCCCCAGUUAUUCUCUAUGAUGAGGCAACUUCGUCACUAGAUUCAAUUACUGAAGAGACUAUUCUUAGUGCCAUGAAGGAUGCAGUCAAACACAGAACUUCUAUUUUCAUUGCACACAGAUUGUCAACAGUCAUUGAUGCAGAUGAAAUCAUUGUCUUAAACCAGGGGAAGGUAGCUGAACGUGGUACCCAUCUUGAUUUGCUUGCUAACCCUAGUGGUAUCUAUUCAGAAAUGUGGCAUACACAGAGCAGCCGUAUGCAACACCAUGAUAACCCCAAAUGGAAUUCAAAGGAAAACCAGAUGUCAAAAGAGGAAGAAAGGAAAAAGCUACAAGAAGAAAUUAUCAACAGUGUGAAAGGCUGUGGAAACUGUUCCUGCUAAGUUACACGAGGCAUUUUAUUGUUUUGAUUAUACAUUGCACUGAAGGAGAAUUGUUUUAUUAAAAAGAAAUUAUACAUUA